AUUUCUCUGCCAAAAAGCACUGCAACAGUCAAAUCUUUUGCAGACUUGCAGCUUUGCUUAUCGGAAGCAGAGUUAUUCAAGAAGUUACUUGUGAAAAAUAGUGUAGCUCUAUUUUAGAUCCAGAGGAAAGAUAUGGGACUUCAGCAUGUAGUAAUAAUAGGCCAAAAAUGAACUUUUAUUUGUUACAAUAUUGAAUUUUUUGCAGUGUGCAUGAAACAGAGCAACUGUAGUCAACUGAAACUGAACUUUUUAUUGGAGAAAUGGCAAGCUAAUUUAGAGCAAAAAUACACAUACUCAACCAGAUGAAAAUGAAGACCUCAACAACUGCUUGCAGUUCAGAGAAGAGAAGAUGAAGAACUCUCUGCUCGCAGCUAUCUUUUUAUUUGCAACAGAUUCCUGUAACUGCUUAAACUUGGAUUUUCCAUUGUGCAAGCAGCUUCCAGACUGGGACAAUGAAUUGAUGUGCUACAAAGAAAUAAGUGAGGAUCUAACUUGCACCUGGUUGCCAGCACCCAGUGCUCCAAAUACUGUUAUUUACAACUUAUUCUUAAAAUGGGAAAGAAUCAAUAAACUUUUCAAAGCAAAUACGUCGUCACCUUCCAUCACAAUAGAACGAAGGAAUCUCUACAUGCAACGCUCUGCAUCUAUUUGGAUAGAAGUGAAAUAUGCCCAUGACAGCUGUGUGAAAGGAAAGAACAUCUCAGUUACACCAAGCAAAGCAGGGAAGUGCUUGACACCAUCUAACAUAAAUGCUCAUCAGAUCACAAACCAACUGAUAAUAAAAUGGGACAUGCCUGCAACUCCUACACAAUAUGAACUGAGAUACAGAGAGGCACUCACAGAAACCACUCAGUGGAUGCUGGUGCCCAUAGAAAGCAAUGCUGUCAACAUCACUGUUUCAAAUUUAAAUGCUACAUCUUCAUACAUUGUUCAGCUCAGAUGCAUAGCCAAGGAUGGUCUUCACUGUGUUUGCAUUUGGAGUAGAGAGAUUUUGGUCCCUCACAAGCUCAUGAGCAAGCCAAGAAUAUCAUAUAAUGCAACUACAGAAAUCUCUCCAGGCAGAAGAAAUGUUCUUCUUAAGUGGGAGGUAAUGCAAAGUGAGAACAUCCUUGGAUACUAUGUUGAUGUUGAAAGAAUACCCAACAGCUGCAUGGACUCACAAAAUCGCAUCAUUCUAAAGGACAGAAAUGUUCUUCUAAAUCUCUCUAUGGCUUAUUAUAGGGUUAAUAUUUCUGCCUAUAACAAAGAAGGAGAAUCUCCACAAACCACCUACAUUGUCCCAGAUUCCUCUGCAACAGACUUGCCUGGCCAAAUCAAUGUUAAACCUCGGGGAACUGAUGCAGUUGUCACCUGGACUCCAGAAUACAGUCCAAAAUGUUUUGUGGUUGACUGGGGCACUGGUAGAGAGGAUAUGCGCAUGAAAAUAGUAACUACACCUGCUGGAAAUUUCACACUAGACAAUUUUCAGCCACAUAAGCUGUACAAAAUAAUGGUACAUGCAUCUGAUGUGUGUCAGUGUGAAAAUUUCACAAGACAUGAAAAGACUUUUGGAGUGACCCACUUUUACUCAGUUGAAGGAGUUCCUAGGGCAGGCCCCACUAAUGUGACAAUUCUGAAUAUCACAAAGCAUUCUGCACUUGUGAAAUGGACUGAAAUAGCUGCCGAAGACUGUUUGGGUUUUCUCCAGGGGUACAGAAUCAGCUACAAAGAUUCAUCAGGGAAAAAGUGGCUGGCUGCUAGUGUCAACUCUUCUACCACAAGUUACCAUCUUACUGGACUUAAGGGAAAGACCAUCUACCGCAUACAGAUUUCAGGAUUCACUAAUGCUGGAGAAGGACUGCCGACUCUUUCACAACCUUUCAGUACUCUAAAAUACGAUAAAGGAGAAUUUGAAGGUUUUAUGAUUGGCAUUUUCUUCAGCAUGGUGUUUGUUUUGGUUUUUGCACAUGUGAGCUGUUCUCUGGUGUUUAAAAGGUUGAAAAUAUCAUGCUGGCCAAGCGUACCGAAUCCAAGAAAGAGCAGUGCAAUACAAGAUAUGGCAAGUACUAUUCCAAUGGUGUGAAAAAAUGCACAAGGGAGAUCUUUCUGACUUAUUAAUCACUAACACUAGUGUGUUUUUUUUCACACUACAUCCUAAUAAAUGUCUAGUUUCAACAAUUGGGAAACGAGGGUAACAGAAAUACGUGACACUGGGGGGUUGUUCAGACAGAGACUUUUAGUUUAAUAAAGGUUCUCAGAUUUAUUUGAAAACAUAAUAGAGCAUACUAAAAGGUAUGGUUGUUAAAAGAAUAACAAAAAGUUGAACUGGGGGAGUGGUAAUGCAAAGGGAGAUGUUCAGUUCUAAUAUCCAGUCACUUUUCAACAACUGGAACUGGAAUUGAGCACAUUACUCAAAAUAGAGAAUAAAUAACACAUUGUAGCCUAAUUCCACAAAAGUGUCGCAGGAGGUAAUGUGUAAGGUAUUAUCUGGAAUCCAGUUUUCACCCUUCAGUCUUUACAUGCUUCUGGAGCAAUCCAGGGCUCUGGCUUGUCAGCUGGUAGCUGUCUGAGGAGGCAUCGAUUAGUCAAGAGGCACCAUAGUUCAGUAGCAUGGUCAAAC